AUGCCGGGAGCCAGGCAUAAAAUCCUGGGUCAUGUACUCUCAGGAUUUUGUCAUAAAAUGAACCGACGCAAACCUCUUUAUGGAGACUCCUUGGAUACUCCACUCAAUCGUUGCCUUACCACUUUUGAUAUUACUUUGCUGGGUGUGGGUCAUAUGGUUGGAGCUGGUAUCUAUGUACUGACGGGAGCUGUGGCUCGAAACAUGGCGGGACCGGCUACAGCGCUAAGUUUCCUCUUAGCCGGUAUUACUUCUACGCUAGCUGCCCUGUGUUAUGCGGAAUUCGGGACUAGAAUACCAAGGGCUGGAAGUGCAUAUGCUUAUACUUAUGUUAGCAUUGGAGAGUUUUGGGCCUUUAUUAUAGGUUGGAAUAUUGUUCUCGAAUACAUGAUAGGCGCUGCUUCAGUAGCACGAGCUUGGUCAGGGUAUUUAGAUGCUAUGCUCGAUGGUGCAAUCAGCAAUGCAACUAUAGCUGUGACGGGUGAUCUUCACGAGACAUUACUUAGUAGAUACCCCGACGUAUUAGCUUUUCUUAUAUGCAUUGUAGCAUCACUGAUAUUAGCAGUAGGUGUCAAAACUUCAGCCUAUAUCAACAAUGGACUUACAAUUUUAAACCUUAUAGUAAUUUCACUAGUAAUAUUUUUAGGAUUUUACUAUGCCGAUAUCAAUAACUGGUCCGAGAAGAAUGGUGGUUUCAUGCCUUUCGGUUUUAGUGGCGUUCUCGCUGGUGCAGCAACUUGCUUCUAUGCUUUUGUCGGUUUUGAUAGCAUAUCUGCAUCUAGUGAAGAAGCUAAGGAUCCUUCGCGAUCUAUACCUAUUGCAACCAUACUUUCAAUGGCAAUGGUAGCCUUCGGUUAUAUUCUUGUUGCUAUAUCUUUAACUUUGAUGGUUCCUUACACAAGUAUUAAUCCAGAUGCCGCUUUGCCAGCAGCGUUAGGUGCUGUACAUGCAGAUUGGGCAAAAUAUGCAGUUGCAGUUGGAGCUGUUUGUGGAAUGACUACUACUUUAUUAGGAUCUUUAUUCUCCUUACCGCGUUGUUUAUACGCCAUGUCAGCCGAUGGGCUUUUAUUUGGAUUCCUUAGCGAUGUUAACAAUAAAUCUCAAAUUCCUAUUUCAAAUCUUAUUAUAUCAGGGUUAUCAUCAGCCUUUAUCGCACUAUUAUUCGAUUUAGAGAAACUUGUUGAGUUUAUGUCAAUCGGUACAUUGUUAGCAUAUACGAUUGUGAGUGCAGCUGUUAUUAUUCUAAGAUAUAGACCAUCACCACCUUCGGAAGACAAGAUCUUUGGAUCACCACAUUUGGAUUCACCUAUCGAUAGAGAAGAUAGCUCUGCGACUGGUACUCCAGGGACCGAUGGAGGAUCUUCUUCUUCUGAGAUGUUUGAAGCUCUUACGGUCGGAAGGCUUCGAGUACAGUAUGCUUGGCUAGAGCCUCUUGUAGGCGGACGCGCACCGGGUAGCGCGGUCACAAGUUGCGUCUAUAUCUUCACUGUAGCGGCUGCAGCAUUAUGCGCCCACAACCACUUUCUAGCAGAACCUGCUGGAUUGUGGGCGUUAUUGCCGGAUUUUGUUCUGAGUUUCAUAAUUAUUGCUUGUUUGGUAAUAAUAUGGGCUCAUCAGCAGAGUCCUGUCCGUUUACCGUUCAGAGUGCCCUGGGUUCCCUUACUUCCGGCUGCUAGUGUCAUGCUCAACGUUGAAUUAAUGAUCAACCUCAAUGCACUUACUUGGGCACGCUUUACUAUUUGGAUGACUUUUGGUCUUCUCCUGUAUUUCCUGUACGGCAUCCACCACACCAAGCUGGGCGAGGGCGUCACAGGUUUGCUAUCUCGCUCUAACAGUGGUACCGCCCACAGUUGGGGCUCAGUCGAUAAAACUAGCUCGUUAGCGAGACGCGUCGGUAGAUUAGGCAAAGGCAGUAAGAGUGAUGAUCGUAAGCCGAUCAUAUGCGAGGAUGAGCUCGCUAGGCGGGAACCGUGA